AUGCCUAAGCUUGAAGAGAUAGAUGAUUUAGAAGAUAUUGAUAACUUGCAUAUGGAUCUCGCAGAACUAGAUGCGAGCCUCAAGACGCCUAUUGCGCCGAGGCUCAAGCCAACGGUAGUGCGGUCGCAGGAUUCAGAACCGCCAUUAUUUCCUCAGAUUCCUCUGGAGGGUGAGCAAGGACCCUCUUUCACGUUUAUCGAUCCGAAAUCCGGGAGGGUGGAAGAGACAACGAAGAUCACGAAGGAGGACCUGGCAGAUCUGAAGCGGUUCCAGAUACUAUAUCCGUGCUACUUUGACAAGAACCGGACACACGCCCAGGGAAGGCAGGUUCCACUGGAGCUGGCUGUGGCUAAUCCGCUUGCGAAGACAAUCGCGGACGCAUGUCGAGAGCUGGAGGUGCUGUGUGUGUUUGAAGGCGAGAAGACUCAUCCACAGGACUUCGGUAACCCAGGGCGUGUAAGGGUGCUGCUGAAGGAGAACGGCAAGGCCGCGGGCAAAUACGCGAAUAAGAGAUGGCUAAUGAAAAACGUGGCCAAGUAUCUGCAAGAGCAUCCCACGACGUUGGAGUCUCUGCGGGAAAUUCCGUACGGACCAGAUUUUGAAGGUAUCGAGCCAAGCAAAAUCCCGCUGGUGCACGGUUUCCAGAUGAAUGAGAUUGUUCCGCUGCACAGUCCAUUUACUAUGGGGCAUCCGAUGACGAAGGGCAUCUACACAGCGCCGAAAGUCGUGGCCCCGGAGAAGCAAAUCAAGGCACCCAAAAACAAAUAUAAGGUGGUUCGUCGUUAG